CGCGCAUGCGUGUUAGAGGUUCAUUCGACUCGAGCAAGAGCCGUGAUGGGGAGCGCGCGAGCUGCAGGAGCUUUGUGCAGGAGAUUCUUUCCUUUCUCAGGAAAUGGACAUCGUAACCUCUCUGUGUCAGCAGCCUUACUUGCUCGCACUCAUGUUAAAUAUGAGAUUAAAGAUGACGUGGCGGUGGUAAGAAUCAACGAUCCGACCUCGAAGGUGAACACCCUGUCGAAGCAGAUGCAGGUGGAGCUGACAGAGGUGAUGGGGGAGAUUUGGGGAAACGGAGCGGUUAAGAGUGCGGUGCUCAUCUCCACCAAACCAGGCUGCUUUAUCGCUGGGGCUGAUAUCAACAUGAUCAAGGCCUGUACGAGUGCCAAGGAAGUGGCAUCACUGUCACAGGAAGGGCAGAAGAUGUUUGAGAAGAUUGAGAAGUCACCCAUCCCCAUCGUGGCAGCUAUUAACGGCUCCUGCCUGGGCGGCGGCCUGGAGUUUGCGAUCGCAUGUCAGUACCGUGUGGCCACCAAGAGUAAAAAGACAGUUCUGGGGACGCCGGAGGUGAUGCUGGGACUCCUGCCUGGAGCCGGAGGAACUCAGAGACUACCCAGGAUGGUGGGACUUCCUGCUGCGUUUGACAUGAUGUUGACGGGGAGGAACAUCCGAGCAGACAAAGCCAAGAAGAUGGGUCUCGUCCACCAACUCGUCGACCCGCUGGGUCCAGGACUGAAGAGCCCAGAGGAAGGGACUAUAGACUAUCUGGAGGAAGUAGCUGUGGGUGUGGCUAAAGGCCUUGCUAAUAAGGUGGUCACGGUGGAGAAGAAGAAAGGCUUAAUGCAGAAGCUGCAGGAUUGGGUGAUGGGAGUGGCCUUUGUGAGGAAUCAGAUCUAUAAAACAGUCACCAAGAAAGUCAUGAAACAAACCCAAGGCCUUUAUCCAGCACCGCUCAAGAUCAUAGAGUGUGUGCAGACCGGUAUGGAGACGGGCUCGGAUGCAGGAUACCUGAAAGAGUCUGAGAACUUUGGCAAGCUGGCGAUGACGUCAGAAUCACGCAGUCUGAUUGGUCUGUACCAAGGUCAGGUGGCCUGUAAGAAGAAUAAUUUCGGUCAACCUGAGAGAGAAGUGAAGACCUUGGCGAUUCUAGGGGCGGGGCUUAUGGGAGCGGGUAUCACCCAGGUAACUGUGGAUAAGGGCGUGGCCACCAUCCUGAAGGACGUGACAUUAAAAGGACUGGUCAGAGGACAACAGCAGGUCUACAAGGGACUGAAUGAUAAAAUGAAGAAGAAGAGCAUCACGUCGUUUGAGAGAGACGCGACUAUGUCGUUUCUGACCACGCAGUUGGACUACAGCGGCUUUAACAAGGCUGACAUGGUGAUCGAGGCCGUGUUCGAGGAUCUGGCCAUCAAGCACAGAGUGCUGAAGGAGGUGGAAGCUGUGACCCCUCCACACUGCAUCUUUGUCUCUAACACGUCAGCUUUGCCCAUCAGCGACAUCGCUACCGUCAGCACCAGACCUGAGAAGGUGAUUGGGAUGCACUAUUUCUCUCCAGUUGAUAAGAUGCAGCUGUUGGAGAUCAUCACUAGCGAUAAAACCUCUAAAGACACGACAGCGUCGGCUGUAGCUUUCGGCCUCAAGCAGGGCAAAGUCAUCAUCGUCGUGCGGGACGGGCCGGGAUUCUACACGACCCGCUGCCUGGCUCCGACCCUUGCCGAGGCGGUCCGAGCACUGCAGGAAGGGGUGGGGCCUAAGAAGCUCGACACCUUAACGACAGGUUUUGGGUUUCCCGUCGGCUUGACAACCCUUGUGGAUGAAGUCGGGGUCGACGUGGCUGCUCACGUGGCAGAGGAUCUUGGGAAGGCGUUCGGAUCGCGGUUCGGGGGCGGGAACGUGGAGGUGCUGACGAGCAUGGUGCAGGAAGGCUUCAUGGGUCGUAAGUCGGGUAAAGGCUAUUAUGUGUACGGAGCCAAAUCAAAGGAUAAGCAGCUGAACUCAGGAACUGAAAAGAUUCUGAAGAAGUUUAAACUGGUGGCGCCCCCUGCUGUGUCUGGAGAUGAGGACAUACAGUAUCGGCUCACGUCCCGAUUUGUCAACGAAGCAGUCCUGUGUCUGCAGGACGGAAUUCUGCCCGAUCCGGUACAAGGAGACAUCGGAGCCGUGUUCGGAUUGGGCUUCCCUCCCUGUCUAGGAGGUCCCUUCCGCUUUGUGGACUCGUUCAGAGCCGAUAAACUCGUUCAGAAGAUGAGACGUUACGAAGAGGUCUACGGAAACCACUUCACCCCCUGCCAGCUCCUCCUCGAUCACGCCAAGGAUCCCAGCAAGAAGUUCCACAAGUGAACCUCAGAGGUCAAAGGUUACAUGUAACCCGUGGAGCAACCUUUCAGCCUCCAUCCUGAGGAAGAACUUUAUACCUCUGCAUACGUCACGUCCAUAUAUAACCAUUUUAUAACUUUAGUUCUACUGAGACGAGCGUACGUAGGGAACUGAUUCCUGCUUCCACUCGCACACUUUUUUCCUUUUGUUUUCAACUGUCAUUUCACGACAGAAUUCAUCACGCCAUUUUGUGAAUGUGAACUAAAAACGAAACGCCAAACAGAUUUGUAGCAAAAAUGCAUCUUAUGCUCUCUAGAAAUGAUGAAGUUGCUCAGAAAAUCAGCGUUAUCUUCAAGUUCACAUUUCUACACAAGAAGCUCAAUAUCAGGAAACGUGAAUCGGUGUUUUUGCUGUUUUGAAUCCAGCUCGAGAACUAAAGUGGGCAUGUCCUAAUUCUUGGGAGUGGUUUGCUCGAAUUGUAAUUAAUUCACCACAAAAAAAAGGGAGGUUUUAAUGCAUUAUAGCGAACAGCCAACUUGAAACUAAGUUCACUAGCAAGUUUAACUUCGCCGAACUACCUCGCUAGCUGUUGGCAAAACCGCAACGACACUCCAGAAAUUUCUCACAAGAUGUAAGAUUUAGGAGUCGGGGUUUUUUUUUUUUUUUUUUUUAAAUGCUUAAAAAUCCUCCCGUUAGCCAGAGUUCUUUAAUUUUCUAGCUAACGCAAGACUAGCUACUAUAUUAGAAAGGAAAAAAGUGGGUAGAAAGUGGUUGCCAGGUCUACUUUCGUUAAAAAUCCUCUUCGAAUUAAUAGCUUGAUUGUGAUUUGGAUUAAUAAGAUAUAAAAUUAGGAGCAGAGAAGAAAAAAAAAAACUUGGAUUACACAAACAUUGCAUUUAACCAGAAACGUGUGUGAACAUUUUUCGACUUCGUUGUGUGAUUUGUCGCUUGCAGAAUUGUAGGAAAAAAUACUUCCGACAUGGAUUUUUCUCCCAUCGAGAACCUGUUUUCCAGGCAGGAAGUGACAAAUUUCAGACAGGAAAUUAAGCAAAUUGGAGGAAAGUGUUUCAUUUUAGGUUUCUUCUUCCUAUUAUUAUUAUUGUUGUUAACCAGUUCAACCCUUUUUAAAAUAAUGUUUUCACUCUGGGAUGAUCAAGUGAUUUUGUUUGCAUUUUAAAUUACGUUCAACUAAAAAAAAAUUCAUUUUUAAUUGAUUUUUUUUUUAAUUAUUUAAAUUCAUUGAGCCAGUACUGUAUUAUAUCAUCAGUAUUUUCUC